AUGCAUCCCUCUUCUCUCUUCAUACUCUUUCUUUUUCUUUCUGCCAGUUUCGUCUAUUCUCUCACAACCAACCAAACUCGUUUCUUCAAUGAUCUAGAUCCUAAUUCCUCCAUAUCCUUCGUCAAUGACUAUUUAUCUGCCAUAAUCUACCACAAUCCUUCUCAGCCCUUCAAUAUUACCUCUAAAAAUCAACUCUUUUCACAAAAUUUAAAAAUUGUUUCAAUUUUACCAGAAGAAAAUCUAAUGAAAUUGUGGAAAACACUUCCCUUGAAUAGAAAUCAAGUAAUUUUGAAUAAUUUCGAGAAGGGAGCUUGUCAGAUUUAUCAUCCUUUGGAAGAAUUUGAUGUGAUUAUUACGAGUAGGAGUUUAUUCUUGCAAAAGUUUCGAAUAUUUAGAAAGGGAAUGGGAAUUCGAAAGUUGGAAGGAGAAUAUUUUGAGACGAGUGAUUUUAUAUUUGUUGAUUUGCUUCCUUAUACUGUUUUGCAAGUUAACUCGAAUGAUGAAUUGAUACGGUUCAAUGUUUCGAAUGAAAAACCUUCAUGUAAGGAAGUAUUGCAGAAUUUCGAAUAUGAACAAAAUGUAUUGACAGCCUAUUCAAUUUUGACACAAAAUAAUUCAUCAUCUACUAUUAACAAUGAAGAUUUACAAUUCCUCAAACUGUGGAAUUCAUUUAACAUCAAUCUCAUGAGUGUCACCAAUCAACAGCUAUUUAGAACAUAUCUAUCUCAACAAUUUAAUCUUUCCAGCAACUCAACUAUCCAACAAUUGAACUCCCUUCUCUUACCUUCCAACUGUUCAGUUUGCAAGAGUGACAUGUGUCUCACUGAUUUAGAAUUUAAAGAAGUUGAAUAUUGGGUCAUUCCACAAAUUUGUUUUGUCAUCAUUUACAUGAUUUUCUUGAUAUGUAGUGGAGCAUUGACACAACCUUCACUGAAAAGAAGAUUACUGACACCUUACUUGCCAUUAUUAAUGUUGUAUUUCAUGUUUGCUUUGGCUGAUGUCUUUACUCCAUGGUGCAGAAGUGUUUUGUUUAUUACAGUUGGAUUUUUCUUGACAUUCUGUUCAUUGGUUAAUGUGUUUACCUAUUUGAGAUUGUACUAUUUGAGAAAUUUGUAUAGAUUAUUCUCAAAUUCUGAAAAGAUUAAUUCAAUUUUGAGUGGAAUAGUUCCAGGAUUGUUAUUUACAGGACUUUUACCAUUUCUAAUGUCAUUUUUUGUUUCGUCUCACUACAUUUCAAUUCCUUUCGUAUUGGAUCGUCCUCUGGUAUUUGCACUGAAUAUUAAUGUUGGAGUAACAAUUGGAAUUUGUUGUUUAAUUGGUUUCAUUGUCAUUAUAUGUGAUAUAUUAAUUAAUAGAAAGAAGUGGAAAGAUAAGGGAUUGAGAUACAUGUUAUUCUUUGACGAUCCGUUCAUGAUUCGUAUAGAUAUGAUACUACUUUCGUUUAAUUUAGUGAUCCUCAUAUUGAUGACUGCCUUUUCGUUUAACAGACAUGCUAUUUACUUUCUGAGAACAAUUCUCUUCUUUUCAUUUAUUCUGACCUGUGGAGGACAAUGUAUUAUAAAGUAUCUAUUCGAAAAGCUGAGAAGAAACAAAACUGAACAAGAAUCGAGCUUUGAGGAGUUUAUGAAAAAUGAUGAUUUUAGGAGAAUUCAAAGAGAAUAUUGUGUUAAAGAACUUUCCUUGGAAAAUUACAAUUUUUUCGUAUAUCUUAAUGAAUUGAAAAGUAAGGCAAUGAAAAAUUUGACACUUUCACAAAUGAUUGAAGUGGAAAAGGAAUAUUUGACUGGAGUGUUUGAAGUGAACGUAUCUGGAAGUUCGAAACGUGCAUUUUACAAACUGAAAAAGCAAGUGGAAGGAUCAAGUGCAGAGGCAAAUGUUUCGUCCAGCUCAGUUUCAAUUUCUUCCAUGACUGGUGUCGGUUCUGCAUCCUCUUCCAUAGCUGAACACCAAUUCAAGGUCCAAGAAUUAAUUUCAAUAUUUGAAAUGGAAGUUUUAACCAAUCUCAAAGAUACCUUUUCAAGAAUGGAAAAAACUCUCGAAUUCUUAACUUGGCAAAAAGUAUACAAAAUCCAAAAACAAAAUGAUAUUUGCUAG